AGUAGUAGUGCAAGAGCACCAGCAGGAACCAGACUAUAGGAAGAAAAGUGUCCGGUCUAGAAUCGGGGAAAUUUUUUUUGCACAAAAUCAUAACAGAGAAGACAAAUAUGAUGGCUUCCUCAGUCAAAAUAGCUAUAAUUUUGUGAUGGUAGUGAUUGUUGUUUUGGGGGCAGACGAAUUUUCCACCCGAAGCUUGCAUCAGACACCAUCGAUGGAUCGACCAGUCAGCGUCGGCGAUGCAGGGAAAUUGGUUUUGUGCUGAUGCAGGAUCGAUUCACAGUGAGAUUGCACUAUUUUUCUCUUUGUUUUGAUUGGCGUACAGUGCAGAAGUAAAAAUGGUAUUCGAAUUUUGAGAAUCUGUUCACUGGCGAGGCAAGUUUUUCUUUGUGGAAAUCGUGAAAUUAAAGUGUAGAGGAGUGUCGGCGAUUAUGCCAGACUAGCGGAGGUUUGUGACGUGAACUGAGUGCGAGUCGAAAAAAAAGUUUACCGAGUGAAGACCGUGUGUAAAUGAGGAUUUGUGCAAGAUUUACACCAAUCCAAGUGUUGUUCGAGUUUUGAAAAUACGGGCCUAGAUGAGGCGAAGAAGACGCUCCAGCUCGUGUUUGUGUGCCGUCGUCUACAAUUUGCUUUUAUUGGUGUAAUUUAUUCCUUAUCUUGUUUUUGAGUUAAGCCUGUUGCCUGCUGUUUUUGUUCAGACUGAUCGCCCGGAGAUCACAAAGAGCUGUACAAUUCCAAAUUGAGUGCAUGUGUUGCUACUCUACUAGUGGAGACUACUAUAAAAGACGGAUGCUGCGUGCAAUCCCAAUGUCGCACCUCCUCAUCCAAGGCAGAGCGUAUAAAGUUGCUUCCGACUGUGUUUCCUCGUUUGGUCUUGUCGAGGUUAGCAGCCAGCUGUGAGAUAGCACCGAAUCAUAAGCUUACUUACUAGUAGAAUAGUCACAGUUGUCAUCCGCAUCGUUAUCAUCUCAGUCAGAUGGGAUAGAGCGAGGCAUCGGUCGUUAUUAGCGUAGUACAGUAUACCAUAAAUAUCAAGAUCCAGUGCCAGCCAUGGAUUGGAUCAUCAACGACGAAUUAGGGCUGACCGUUGGCCACGUCGUGGGUUACGUGUCGGCCUCGUUCAUGGUCGUCGGCGGAGUGCUGCCAUAUAUUCCGCAGUACAAGCAAAUCAAGCAGACCCAGGAUGCCGAGGGCUUUUCGUUGCACGUGUGCCUGGCACUGCUCAUUGCCAACAGUUUGCGGAUUCUAUUUUGGUUUUCCAGCCGCUUUGAAAUUCCUCUGCUGGUGCAGAGUGUCGUAAUGAACAUAACCAUGUUCAUAAUGAUCCACCUGUGUGUGACGGUGCGGCGUAACAAUGCUAUCAUGCGAACCAGGGAACGGGUGUUUUCAGGCGAUGAAACGCUGCUGGAGGCCCGAGAGUCUAUUAAUAGAGCCAUCGAUGAGCACGCUGCCACCGCCAAGAGCGACGGCGUAAUUAGCAAUCGAACAGCAGCGGCCACCGUAGGAAGCUCAUCGCACUCGACGGCACCCGGCUGCCUGGGAACGGCACAACUCGAAGCAGCAGUAGGCAAAUUGGCCAAUAGCACCACUAUCGGUAUCGGAUCCGGUCUGCCAGCAGCAGCGGCGGCGGCUGGUGGUGCGGCGGCGGGACUAAAGAAGUCGCGGUCCCGGCACUACAUUGUCGAUUUCGACUCACGCUACUUCUGGAACUGGACCGAUUUCCAAUCCUAUCUGGACUUCAUGUUGGUCGUGUGGGUCGUCGGAGCGGCCGUCACCUAUCUGAUGCUGUCCGUGACCUGGUUCAUGGAGACGAUCGGAUUCUUUGCCGUCUUCACCGAGGCUAUGCUGGGUGCACCCCAGUUUCUUAGGAAUUAUAAGAAUAAGUCAACGCAUGGUAUGAGUAUCUGCAUGGUAAUCAUGUGGACCGCCGGUGAUAUGUUCAAGACUGGUUACUUUAUCUUUAGACACGCGCCCACGCAGUUCUGGAUCUGUGGAACGCUGCAGGUUAGCCUUGAUCUCGCCAUACUGCUGCAAGUGUACAUCUAUCGUAAGAAUCCACCCCGCAGCAGCCACCGCGGCGACUAGCAGUUUGCCCCCCAAAAUAUUCAAAAUGGC